UGUAGACCAGGCAGAGGAGAGGCGUGCAGUCCGUCUGGAACAAGAGGAAAGCACCUCACACGUUGGGAGGAUCAGGCAUCGGUUGGAACUACAAAGUUGCUCUUGGAGUUAGUUUCCGCUGUUAUGGCUGAUCAUCUUUUACAUUAUAAUGACUCUGCUGGGGUUGGCAACAGAUUUGCCCGCAAAGGCGCUUUGCGUCAGAAAAAUGUGCAUGAAGUAAAGAACCACAAGUUUACUGCGAGAUUUUUCAAGCAGCCGACUUUCUGCAGUCAUUGCACAGACUUCAUAUGGGGGUUCGGAAAGCAAGGAUUUCAAUGCCAAGUGUGCUGUUUUGUGGUCCACAAGCGGUGCCAUGAGUUUGUCAGCUUCUCCUGUCCUGGAGCAGACAAGGGUCCUGACACAGAUGACCCCAGAAGCAAGCACAAGUUCAAGAUCCACACGUACGGCAGCCCUACCUUCUGUGACCACUGUGGAUCACUUCUGUAUGGGCUCAUCCACCAGGGGAUGAAAUGUGACACCUGCGACAUGAACGUGCACAAGCAGUGCGUGGUCAACGUGCCAAGCUUGUGCGGGACGGACCACACAGAGCGACGGGGUCGCCUGUUCCUCAAGAUCGAGGUCAGCGGAGAUAGACUACACGUCACAGUUGGGGAAGCCAGGAACCUGAUUCCUAUGGAUCCAAAUGGUUUAUCAGACCCAUAUGUGAAACUCAAGCUCAUCCCAGACCCAAAGAACGAGACGAAACAGAAGACCAGGACCAUCCGUUCUUCUCUCAACCCCUGCUGGAAUGAGUCCUUCACCUUUAAGCUGAAAGCAUCAGAUAAGGACCGACGUCUGUCCAUUGAAGUGUGGGAUUGGGACAGAACCACCAGGAAUGACUUCAUGGGCUCCAUGUCGUUUGGCGUGUCCGAGCUCCUGAAAGCACCCAACUGUGGAUGGUACAAGUUGCUAAACCAGGAGGAGGGGGAAUACUACAACGUUCCCAUUCCUGAGGUGGAUGAUGUCAACCUGGAGCUUCGACAGAAGUUUGAGGAAUGCCAGUUAAAUAUCCACUAUCUGAAGAAAGCCAAAUUGGGCCAUGGUAAGAAAGUGAUCACCCCAUCAGACCACCGGCGGUUCAGUCUGCCCUCAGGUAACAUGGACCGAGUCCGACUCAGCGACUUCAACUUCCUGGCCCUGCUUGGGAAGGGCAGCUUCGGCAAGGUGAUGCUGGCAGAGAUGAAGUCAACAGAGGAGCUCUACGCUAUAAAGAUCCUGAAAAAAGAUGUCGUGAUCCAGGAUGAUGAUGUUGAAUGUACAAUGGUGGAGAAGAGGGUUUUGGCUCUCAGAGACAAACCGCCCUUCCUCACACAGCUCCACUCCUGCUUCCAGACUGUGGAUCGACUUUACUUUGUGAUGGAAUACAUUAAUGGAGGAGACCUCAUGUAUCAUAUCCAACGUAUGGGCAAGUUUAAGGAGCCACAGGCAGUGUUUUAUGCUGCAGAAAUAGCUGUUGGUUUGUUUUUCUUGCACCGGAAAGGAAUCAUUUAUAGGGAUCUGAAACUCGACAAUGUGAUGCUGGACUCCGAGGGUCACAUCAAGAUAGCUGACUUUGGCAUGUGCAAGGAGAGCAUGUAUGAAGGGAUGACCACACGUACCUUCUGCGGCACCCCAGAUUACAUCGCACCAGAGAUUAUAGCAUACCAACCCUAUGGGAAAUCAGUGGACUGGUGGGCUUAUGGCGUGCUCUUGUAUGAGAUGUUGGCAGGACAGCCUCCAUUUGAUGGAGAAGACGAGGACGAGCUCUUCCAGUCGAUCAUGGAGCACAAUGUUUCCUACCCCAAGUCCAUGUCUAAAGAAGCUGUAUCCAUCUGCAAGGGACUGAUGACCAAGCAUCCAUCCAAGCGUCUUGGCUGCGGUCCAGAAGGUGAGAGGGACAUCAGAGAGCAGGCCUUCUUCAGACGUAUCGACUGGGAACGCCUGGCCAACAAGGAGAUCCAGCCCCCAUUUAAACCUAAAGUGUGUGGCAAAGGAGCAGAAAACUUUGACAAGUUUUUCACACGUACCCAGCCUGUGCUGACCCCGCCGGAUCAGCUGGUCAUUGCCAACAUCGACCAGAGCGAGUUUGCCGGCUUCUCCUUCAUCAACGCUCAGUUUAUCCAUCCAUCUCUGCACAGCGUGGUAUGAGGAGUAAGCAAAGCGUGAGAAAAAAAAAGCAUGACUGUCACUGAAUACAGGAUCCUUCAAUCCAAGCAUCCCUUCUGUCAACAGACUCCUAUCAUCUUCUAGUGUUGCGUCUAAUAGUAAUCAAUACCUGUGCACAGAAUUGACUGAAGAGAGGGGAGUAAAAUGUAAUGAAUGUUGCAGUGAGUACAGUCUGAGAAGAGAGAGAAAAAUGACAUGGCACUGAUCAUUUAGCGUCUCAUUCUUCUUUAUUCUGAUUCUGUAUUUACAAACCUUCAGCUGUAGCUUUUAUCACACCUACAGCCUUUAUCUUGUGAAUGAAUGUGUCUCAGUAUCAGUUACUAUCUCUUUUUAAGUUAAAAUUCCAUUUUUAUUUACAUCCCACUCAUGUUCCCCAUCUUCCAACGCAACUAGCUGCAAUGCACGACAAGAACGGAACAUGAUUUUCUGCUCUGUCCUGGCUUUAUCUACUUCUGAAUUGUUACAAGUGUAUAUUAUAUUUCUAUAAACAAAAAGAGGUAGUAUACUGUUACAUGAGUGCCAAAGUAGAGGUGGAAGAAUACAUUUUUAUCGCAGUUCUAAUGGUCCUUGUAAUGUUUUUUCUUUUCCCCUCUGGCCUUUCCUGACUGUGUCAAGACACUAAAAAAACCCUUAAACAGGGGCUGUUUAUAUCUGUUGUUUUGUAGGACGUGUAACUACAGUUUAUCUAACUCAGCGUGGAGAAACCGAAGCAAAUCCUGUCAUUGUUUGCAAGCUGUCCAGGCCUUUUCAGUGCAGCAGAUGUUGCCUGCAGUGGAUAAGGAUGUAAGAGUCAGAAGAUUGUGGACUGUGUUCCUAAGUAUUAAGAUGCUAUUUCCAUAUGCACAAAAGAGAUCUCUGUUGCAUGCUUAUUUUCUGACUCUGUAUGAGCUGUAGAGUCUAGGAUGCAGUACACGUCUAGUAUCAUUGUAAAGUUUAGUAUUACAAUAUGAGCUCUGUUAAUAUAUAACUGUUGUAUGUUUAUCUUAAAGAAAAAAAAAUUCAUUGGAAUAAAAGGUUUUGUUUCUGUUUUAUGUUCUGUUUAGCUCCACUUUAAUGUCCAGAGAUGUCUAACCCUCUAUUGUAAGUCAACAUUUUCUUUUCUUUUCUUUCUUUCUUUUUUUUUUUUUUUGUAAAUAUAUUUCAAAGAGAUGUUUCAAAAAUAGAAGUUGCAGAUUUUAUACAACAAACUGAAUGUGCUUUUUGAAAUUUCUAUGUUUAGAAUUACCCUAAAAAGAGACAUGAACACAGACAGACAUAUAUAAAUAUAUAUAUAUAUAUAAAGUUUGGCUGAAUCUUUGGUAGCUUUGGUAUCAGCAAACCCUGUUAAAUGUAUAUUAACUAUUUAUCCAGUGUUUUAUACUACUCAGUGUCCUAUAGAAAAUAUGCAGCACUUAGUGUGCGUGAAACUGUCGAAUGCCCUCUUGCCUUGGUCUUCUCAGGGCUGACUCCUUCUGUAACAAACUGAAAUCAAAACCAUGUUAACGGUGUGAGGACUCCAGAGACCCCUGUGGCCAAAAUGUGUCCUUUCUUUAUAUAUCGUGUGCAUGCGUGAGGCAAGGCUUGAUCUAAGCAUGGGAAAGACCCCUGCAUGACACAGAGAUCCCUGCCGUGAAACCUGCUGUGGAGUUUCGCAUCUUGUUGCCCUGAGUGAGACAACCAACCAGCAUCGUGCGCUUUUUCUGCUCAUGUGUCUCCCUACUUGUUGUCCUGUAGCCCGACCUGUUUGGCUAAAAAGCUGAAUUAUAAACAGACAAAUGUGUUUAAAUUGCUUAAAAUAACUGUUUUUUUGUUCACUGGUGCCAAACACAAUAUUUCUUUCCAGUGUGUCCAAUGUACUUACUUUUACUUUCUUGUUUUUAACUACGAAGAUAUACUAAGUUAUAAUAGUGAGACUUAGAAAUAAAUAAAUAAAACAAACUGCCAAAAUUAGUUAAAAACACCACAGCUCUUACCCAAGUGUUAUUUAGUUAAUAUGUUGUCUGAUUUUUCAUCACAUACAUCUGGACCAAAAUGAGUUCUUUAAGGUUAAACCGAAUGUUUACAUGUCUCACAUUGAGAAUCCAUAUCAGAGAAGAGAUUAGAAAAAAAAAGAAAAAAAAAAACACUUUUGAACCCAUGACAGAGUUAAUCAAAUGGCACGUCAGUCAGGGUACAGAACCACUACAGGCUAUAAUUAGAGCCACAUGGUUGUUUAUAUGGUUCUUUCACCUUCCCUGCUUUGUUAACCCGAUUCUUUGUGUUCCUCUGUUCAUUGUGGUACGAUGGAUACUGUAUAUAAAUAAAGUAUGAAAUACAUAUUA